UUUGUCAUCUACGAUUAGCAUUAUCGAGAUUAACAAAUAAAAUGGCCGCCCCCAUGGUGUCUUUGGGGAGAUUGAUUUUGUCAAAUUUUGUAAAGAUAUGCACGAACACGCAUGGUUCCUCUUGCUGCAGAAUAGUAAGACAGGCCAGCAGCUACAGAGUUCCACAAGUCGGUUUGUCACCUGAUGGCAGUACUGUGGUGUGCUGGCAUCCAGAACCAGACUUCCCAUAUGAACACACACAGCCGCUGCCAAGAAAUCAACGGGAAAUGGCAGAGGGUGAUUCUGUUCUCAAAGUCCAGUAUCUGGUGGAGGAGCAAAUCAAGUACCGAUCGUCAGGGCCGACAGACAAGGAAUUAUCCAACAUGUUCUUCACCACUAAACAUCGGUGGUAUCCUAAGCCUGAAAAGAAGUACAAGAAACUGACACCCCCAAAAGACAGAGAUCACAUUUGAAGACUCUUAACUGUUUGUUGUUGUUUGUGUGUAAAAUAAAGUUGUAAUUAGUAUAAAAA